AGGAGGCGGCAGGUUGCCGCGGCGCCGGGCGCUGGGCAGGAGUCAGUUCGAGUUCGGGUCCCGGAGGCCGGCGGGCGCCCAGGUGAGCCGCGCGGCGUCCGGGAGCCUCCUGAGUCCGGCGGCAACUCAGAGAGGGGCUCAGGAGCCGGGCCGCGCGUGGGGGCCACACCUGCGCCCGCCCCGCGGCAGGGACGGCGGCCUCUCCAGCGAGCGCUGCGAUCGGCGGGAGUGGGCGGGGGCUGCCUGCUCCCGGCUCCGUGGGUCCGGAGGGCCGGGGUCAGUCCCCGGGGCAGGGACAGGGGUAUGCCCUCUGGGCCCGCCGCCAUGGAGCUGAAGGUGUGGGUGGACGGCAUCCAGCGAGUGGUCUGCGGCGUCUCGGAGCAGACCACCUGUCAGGAAGUGGUGGUCGCACUAGCUCAAGCUAUAGGCCAGACGGGCCGUUUUGUGCUCGUGCAGCGUCUCAGGGAGAAGGAACGGCAGCUGCUGCCCCAGGAGUGUCCCGUGGGUGCCCAGGCCACCUGUGGACAGUUUGCCAGUGAUGUCCAGUUUGUCCUGCGGCGGACAGGGCCCAGCCUCACCGGGAGGCCCUCCUCAGACAGCUGCCCACCUCCUGAGCGCUGCCCAAUCCGCGCCAGCCUUCCCCCAAAGCCCAGACCAGCACUGGACCGUGAGCCCCAGAAAGCACUGACCUUCAGCCCGGGGUACCCCAGGCUGGCCUCUGGCCUGGCGCUGCCUGAGCCGGUGGCCUCUGUAGCACCGAUGCCCGGCCACUGCGAAGACCUGCAGGACCUGGAGCGGAGGGUGCAGAGGAACGCAGCAGAGCUGGGCCAGGAGGCCUUCUGGGAGCAGGAGCUGCGGAGGGAGCAGGCGCGGGAGCGGGAGGCACAGUCCCGGCUGCAAGCACUGAGCGCGGCCACUGCCGAGCAUGCCGCCCGGCUGCAGGCCCUGGACGCCCAGGCUCGCGCCCUGGAGGACAAGCUAUACCUGGCGGCCGAGGCCCCUGGGCCCCCUUCGCCCACAGCAUCUGCCACAGAACGCCUGCGCCAGGACCUGGCCGCCCAGGAGCGGCAGAGUGCGGAGGUGCAGGGCAGCCUGGCCCUGGUGAGCAGGGCUCUGGAGGCCGCAGAGCACGCCCUGCAGGCCCAGGCCCAGGAGCUGGAGGAGCUGAACCGGGAGUUGCGUCAGUGUAACCUGCAGCAAUUCAUCCAGCAGACGGGGGCUGCUCCCAGCAUGCAGGAUCUCAUGCCUCCAGCCAGAGGACAGCCCCUCCCAGGAGUCCCCCGGAGUCCUGCCCUCGUGCCCAGUCUGAGCCCAGAGGUUCCCCCCGUGAGGCAGAACUGGAGGUAGCAGCACCUGCCCCUGCCCGGAAUGAAUGUCCAUGCCAGCCCAGCCCUGGGCUCUGAUGACAUGAGCGAGGGCAGCCAGGGUCGGCCGAGCCUGGAUAACCAGGAUCGGCGGCCAUGGAGGACUCAUGCCCCCCUGCAGUUGGAAGCCCUCGGGCCCUACCCCUGAGGCAGACCACCCGGAGCUGGGUCAGGAGGAGGCUGAGGACUCUCACCUGGUACUUGCCAAGUCUGCCGAGCCCCCUGGAGAAGCUUGGGGCACGGCCAGCUCAGAACUUGCUAGGCCCCAAAGGCCACAGCUCUCUGUUGGGGACAGGAGACGCGUGGAUGCUGUUUUUAGUCUGUGGGUCUGUGCUUGCGUGUGGGAGGCAUCCUUCAGUACGUGUGCGUGUUCAGGUGCGUGAGUACACGAGUGUGUGAGCGCUGCCUCCCCUACCAUGACACUGAAACCUCAAUAAACUGCCUG